CGCGAGAUUGGACAUUCCAGCGAUGGCGGCGAUGUGAAAUAUUCGCCGACACUGUUUCAAGACGAUUUAAUCUACUCUUAUUAAUACACAAGAAACAACAUUCACAAUGUUUGUGUAUCUAAGUAAAAAGAUUGCCAUCCCCAACAACACUAAACUUCGCUGUGUAUCAUGGAACAGGGAGCAGGGAUACAUCGCCUGUGGGGGAGAGGAGGGACUGCUCAAGGUCCUUAAACUGGAAAUACAAACAGGAAAGGAUGUGAAGGUGAAGGGUCUGGCUGCCCCUAGUAACCUGUCAAUGAACCAGACUCUGGAGGGACACAGUGGUGCAGUACAGGUGGUAACAUGGAAUGAACAUUACCAGAAACUGACCACAAGUGACCAGUACGGCCUCAUCAUUGUUUGGAUGUUGUAUAAAGGCUCGUGGUAUGAAGAGAUGAUCAACAACAGGAAUAAGUCUGUAGUAAGAAGUAUGGGAUGGAACGCAGACGGACAGAAAAUCUGUAUUGUCUACCAGGACGGUGCUGUGAUUGUUGGAUCUGUCGAUGGUAACCGGAUUUGGGGCAAGGAGCUAAAAAGCCAGGAACUCAACCAUGUGGAGUGGUCACCAGAUGGAAAAUUCAUCCUGUUUGGAAUGGCAAAUGGGGAAGUGCAUGUUUACGAUAACACCGGAAACUUCAUUUCCAAGGUCCAAAUCUACUGUCUGUCCGGAGUUAGCGGAGCAUUACACAUUGCUGGACUACAGUGGUACAAUGGUAACCAUGGUUACAUCGAGCCUAACUGUCCCUCACUGGCCAUCUGCUUCGACAGUGGACGGUGUCAGAUCAUGAGAUCAGAGGCUGAUGAAAGUCCAGUGCUGAUAGACACGGGGAUGACUGUGGCCCAGAUUGGCUGGAACCACACUGGGUCUGUCAUGGCCGUGGCUGGAUCACAGAGGACGGUCGGGCAGGACAAGGAUAUCAAUGUCGUACAGUUUUACUCCCCGUUUGGUGAGCACCUACGUACCCUGAAGGUGCCAGGCAAGACGAUGUACUCCUGUUCGUGGGAGGGUGGCAGUCUAAGGAUUGCUCUCGCUGUCGACAGCUUCAUUUACUUUGCCAAUAUCCGACCCGACUACAAGUGGGGAUACUGUUCCAACACUGUAGUGUAUUCCUUCAGUAAGCCUGAAAGGAUUGAACACUGCGUCAUCUUCUGGGACACAAAGAAUGGAGAGAAAUAUGUGAAGUAUGUGAGAAAUCUCAUCGCUAUUACUGCCUGUGGGGACUACUGUUGCCUAGCAACGAAGGCUGAUGAAGCUGUAGGUCAGUAUGUGCUGGUAUUGUGUAACUCUAUCGGAACCCCUCUGGACUCUAAGUAUGUUGAGAUAGAUCCUGUGUACCUAACCAUGACAAAGACACACAUCGUCGCAGCAUCUAAGGAAGCCAUCUACACGUGGCAGUUUAAGAAUCCCAAAAAACUCUCUACACUAGAGGUCGCCGGUAGGAGGCGAACAGGAACAGAAAGACUUUACCAUAUUGAUGACCAGCCAACAGGAUCUGCGGCCCAAGAGGAGGUGGACUUCAGCAAGGCGUACAAUAAAUAUUUUGUGCACAAAAAACCUCCAAGACAAACCCAUGAUAAUAAACGCCCCCCUUCGACAGACGAUCCUAUUUGUGCGAUAUGUGCUUCAGAUAAAACUCUGAUAGUGGGGAGAGAAUCGGGAACAGUAAACAGGUACUCCAUGCCAAUGUUGUCACUGACACACAAAUAUGCCCUCAAUUACCGUCCCUACCAAUUCGCCCUCAACUGUACGUCUAGCCGCCUGGCCACCAUUGACAUCAGUGGAGUGUUGACCUUCUUCGACCUUGACACACGGAUAACCGACACAGAUGGAAAAGAAAGCAUCGGGGAGCAACUCAAGUUUGAGCGCAAGGAUGUGUGGGACAUGAAAUGGGCAGAGGACAAUCCCGAGUUGUUUUCUAUGAUGGAGAAGACAAGGAUGUACAUCUUCAGGAACCUUGACCCUGAGGAGCCAAUCCUGAGUAGCGGUUACAUCUGUCAGUUUAAUGACCUGACCAUCAAGUCGGUGCUGCUGGACGAGAUCAUGAAGGACCCAGAAAACCCCACAAAGGACAGCAUGGCCGAGAUGGAAAUCAAGUCUCUGAGGGACACCCGAGAUCUCCUGGAGAAAGUCGGGAUCGCCGACGCUCAACAGUUCAUCGAGGACAAUCCACACCCUAGGUUAUGGAGAUUGCUGGCCGAGUCAGCGCUGGAGCAGCUAAACCUCAAAGUGGCGGAGACUGCAUUUGUCCGUUGUCGUGACUACCAAGGAAUAGAGUUUGUAAAGCGGUUAGGAAACCUCCAGAAUGAGAAUAUGAAACAGGCUGAGGUGGCAGCAUAUUUCCGACGAUUUGAGGAGGCAGAAAGGAAAUAUCUAGACAUGGACAGACGAGAUCUUGCGGUUAGUCUGAGGAAGAAACUUGGGGACUGGUUUCGUGUGGUCCAGCUGCUGAAGACUGGGUCAGGUGGAGACGAUGUACAAUUAGAAGAGGCAUGGAACGCCAUCGGAGAUUACUACGCUGACCGCCAGAAAUGGCAGCAGGCGGUGACGUACUACGUCCAGGGAAGGAACCAGGAACGUCUGGCUGAGUGUUACUACAUGUUGGAGGACUACACGGGACUAGAGAAGAUGGUUCAGGCUCUGCCCGAGAACCAAAAACUGUUACCGGAUAUCGCGGCCAUGUUUGUUACUGUGGGCAUGUGUGAGCAGGCUGUCAGUGCUUACUCUAAGUGUAACCACAUCAAGAAGGCCAUCGACUGCUGUGUCCACCUGAACCAGUGGAACAUGGCUAUAGAGCUGGCAAAGUCUAACAACGUACGGGAGAUCGACUCUCUACUGGCCAAGUAUGCUCAACAUCUCCUGGAGAAAAAUAAAACUGUCAACGCCAUAGAACUAUACAGAAAGGCUGGGCAUUACCUAGAGGCUGCUAAACUCCUGUUUCAGAUGGCACAGGAGCAAGCCAAGAAACGAGAAAAGCCACUCCACAUCAAGAAGAUGUUUGUACUGGGAGGCCUUCUUAUAGAGCAAUAUCACGAGCAAAUGAAGAUGACCUCAAGGGCAAAGGUCAAGGACAAGAAGGGAGCCAUGGCUGCAUCUGCAUUGGCUGGAUUCUUAGAGGAGGACACCACUGCUAUAACAGACAGUAAACUGAUAGACAGUGCCUGGAGGGGGGCUGAGGCCUACCAUUUCUAUAUCCGUGCCCAGAGACAGUUACUAGAGGGCUAUGUGGAUGCUGCCAUGAGGACCACUCUGUUCCUGAGAGAAUACGAUGACAUCAUUGAUGCUGUUGAUAUCUAUGCUUUACUGGCUCUGACCUCGAGUGCCAACAAGGCUUUUGGAACGUGUUCAAAGGCAUUUAUCAAGCUUGAAACACUAGACACAUUACCGCAGGACCAGCGACAGGCUUACGAGGAACUGGCCCUGGAAAUAUUUACAAAGAAGAGCCCAAAGGACAGUCGGACCAAUAAGGUGGAAUGUACCAGCUGUGCCACAAGCAUUCCUGACUGGUCGACGGUUUGUCCGAACUGUGACACCAAGUUCCCCACCUGUAUUGUGACGGGUCGGCCAUUGAUGGAGUAUCAGUUCUGGAUGUGCAGUGCCUGUAAACAUCGUGCAUAUGAGUCCGAGAUCACGAACAGACAGACAUGUCCGCUAUGUCACACCCCUGUCUAAUACCUCCGCAACAUACUG